AUGGCUCUCCCACCUAGGGGGAACCUCGCAGGGGACACCCCAGAGGGGGAACCUCGCAGGGGACACCCCAGAGGGGGAACCUCGCAGGGGACACCCCAGAGGGGGAACCUCGCAGGGGACACCCAGAGGGGAACCUCGCAGGGGACACCCCAGAGGGGGAACCUCGCAGGGGACACCCCAGAGGGGGAACCUCGCAGGGACACCAGAGGGGGAACCUACCUCGGGGACACCCCAGAGGGGGAACCUCGCAGGGGACCCCAGGGGGAACCUCGCAGGGGACACCCAGAGGGGGAACUCGCACCCCAGAGGGGAACCUCGCAGGGGACACCCCAGAGGGGGAACCUCGCAGGGGACACCCCAGAGGGGGAACCUCGCAGGGGACACCCCAGAGGGGGAACCUCGCAGGGCAGAGGGGAACCUCGCAGGGGACGCCUCGCAGGGACACCUCGCAGGGGACGCCUCGCACGGGACAUCCCGGAGGAGGAACCUCGCAGGGGACACCUCGCAGGCUCUCGGUCACUGCCGUCUGCAAUCUGGGCUGUUUUGUCACGUGCACUCAGUGAUUUUCCCUCGAAACAAAAUAAGGGGAUUCUCUGA